AUGGCGCGUGCACCACGGCCAUCAAUUUCGACGCCCCGCCCCUGCCGCUCGCCAUGUGGGACGCGCUCGACGCUCCGCCCGCCCGCCCUCGGUGGGCGCGCCAAGUGCGUGUCCCGGGACACGCAUUAUGUAAGCGACCUUCCCGAUAUGGGCACGCCGCCCGUGUCCCGUAGAAGGAAAGCUAGUGGGUUCUUAGAGGUGAUCGACCUGUCACGGCGCAACAGCACAUGUAAUCCACCAUCGACUGAAAAGGUGCAUCUCAAUCGCUACGCGGCUUAUACGCAGAAAUACCCGCUUCAGUUCUGGGUUGUGCACUGUACCGUGUCUAGCCCAGUUGUCAUACCGUCGAUGACGGGAUACUACACCUCCCACCACCCAUUACAUGUUAGAUAUAUUGUGGAUCCCGACAUCGUUCUUGGGCACGACUGGAUGGAUAUAUUAUGCCCGAUCAUUUCUGGCGGUGUACUCGUGGAUCCAGACCCGUUCGACGCAUUCAACGCGCCACAAGGGUACACAUGGAUGGCUGUGCGCUCCGCCGACAAUGCGAGCAUGCCCUCUACCUCUACGUGCAGCGGCAGCUACUUCCCCCGGUACCCUUUCAAUGAAGGUGUGAGCACCUCUUUCUCUCCAUAUGCUGACACUGCCGAUGGCAGUCAUCUCGUUGAAGUUGGAUCUCCGUCUGUGGCUGUUCCCUCUCGGAACGGUAGUACUCUGUGUCCUAUCUGUAUGGUGGAUAGUGGUUCUACUCAUUGUGGUUCCCCUUUGUCAUCACAACCUGUCUUUGUGCAAGGUUGCAAAUCUACCGGUCAUCGUCUCCUGUCAUUGAGUCCGAAUAUUGCAUAUACACUGAGUAUCAUGUUUCCUAUACAUUCCUCAUCCUCCCUGUUCACAACUGAUGCCAACGAGGACCUGCUGGUGAGAACAGCCAAAGCACAUGGCAUUGAGACCGACACCAUUGCACUUUGUAUGCAGUGA